AGAAAUGUAUACGAUACAAAUGAACAACAGAGUCUGUCUCUGUAUUAUAUUGCUGCUCAAUGUUUUAAACGAAGGCGCAGCAGACUGCACCGAUUCGUUAAUAUGCUGUAACAGACUACACGAAAUACUUAUCAUCGCUGGUGUCAUAGCAGUCUGCUUCUUUUUUUUCGUCCAGUCCAUUGUCAUUGUAUGUUUGGCCAGUAAACUGAGCAAGGUCCAGAAAAGGUUGGAUGUGAUGAGUCUAUCCAGGGGAUCAUUUCAAUUUGGCGGCUCACGCCUUGGAACGAUGUACCACGAAAAAGCACUGGAAGAAACAGAAGAAACGAAUGGGAAUCCUCGCGCUCGUCGUUUCACUGGUGCAGUUCCAUCCGUUGGUGGACCUUGCCGAGCCAAUCCAAUUACCAUUUUUGACAACCCGGAAGGCAACGACAAGGAGAUUUGGGGCUUGAACUAGUUUUGUGUCUAAGCAUGCUGGGAACCGAUUGAGAAUGUCCUAUGAUUCUGGUAUCAUUUAAAACUGGGCGUCAUUUAAACUUUAUUAGAGAUGAAGAAUGUUAAAAAGGAGCAUAAUUUCUCCUAAAUCUAGAUUUUUAAGUAACAAAGCAUAUUUUUGUAUUAAGCACGAUGCAUUUGUUUUUAUCAAAUGAAUUGUGGCAUCUUAGAUGGGGAAGCGUUGUUUUUCCAGCUCUUGGCAAACUUUUGACUAUGUGCUCGUUCGUUCUUUGAUGGGAGCCGUGACCAAACUCUUUUUUUCCUAUACGGCUAAAAAAAGGACACGUUAUCGCAGGUUAGCCCAGUGGUUUUUAUUGUCAGACACAUUUUUUCACUGGAUCGAUCGACGGACUUCGUUCGACUUUCAGUUGCUAUGCUAAUGCAAGAAGUGAAUAAUAAACAACGCUUCUUCACGCGUAAUCAAACAAAUAUAUUGCGAGUCAAUAGCUAUUUAACUACGCAAAUGUUAAAUAAAAAAAUGUCUUACAGUG